AUGCUUGUUGCUGCAAUAUUCGCUUUUUUCGAAAGAGCAUGUCUAGGUUGUUUUGCUGAAAACAUAACACGUCAUUAUCGUGACCAAUAUUUAUUGGCGCUAUUUCGACGUGAUGUUGAUUUUAUCGAAAGGUUCAGUCCCGGUCGUUUGGGACAACAGUUCAGCGAAGAGUCCUCACGAAUUGUCGAGGGCUUAGGACCUGGUUUGGGUUUAAUUGUCAGAUCGCUUUCUUCUCUGUUUAGUGGUAUUGUUAUUGGAAUGACUCGCGAUUGGAUGCUCACUCUCUUGACUUUACUUGUUUCUCCUUUUAUCAUUUUCUUUAGUUAUAAAUUUGAUAAGAGCUAUGGAAGAUACACAGAAGUUGUGAUGAAAGAACAUCAGAACGCUGAUGCUCUUGCCGAAGAGACUUUCCGCGAUAUUAAAACGGUUAUGAGUCUAGGAGCUGAAGAAAAGUUUAUCACACGAUAUUGGAGAAUUGUAAAGGAUUGUUGUAAAAGAGCUAGCCUUUGCACUACAAAGGCAGGAAUCUAUUACUCAGGCAUGGCUCUCUCAACCCGGCUAGCAGAUGGAUUGCUUUUUCUCUCCGCACUUCUCAUCAUCAAUCAUCAACGCUCCGAUUUCCCUUCAGAAUUAUUCACUUCCAAUUGCGAAGUUGUGGUCGUGAUGAUUUCUUUGCUCCAUUGCUUUGCUGGAAUCGGUAGCAUGUUCUCGAAUCUCAUCAACAUCGCAAAAGCGAGAAUGUCCGCAGCGUAUUUCCUGCAAGUCAUCGAGCGCGAAGACGCCAUGGAUUCGCUCGGAUCCACCGGAAUUAUUCCUGAAAGUAGCAAGGGAGACGUUGUGUACAAGAACGUGGACUUCAAGUACGCUUCGCGCGACACGCAAGUGCUGAAGCAGCUGAACUUCACCAUUCGCGAGAACGAAAUGAUCGGCAUCGUGGGCGAGAGUGGCAGCGGAAAGAGCACAAUCUUGAAACUCUUGAUGCGAUUGUACGCUCCGACGGCGGGAACGAUCACAUGGGACGGAGUCUAUGUGACGACGCUCUCGACGGCGUGGAUUCGCGAUCAGAUCAGCUACGUGGCGCAGGAGCCCGUGCUGUUUAGCGGAACGAUUCGCGAGAAUCUGCUCUAUGGACGCGAGGGCUGCACCGAGGAGGAAAUGGUGGAAGCCGCGAAACUGGUGGAGGCCGACGCGUUCAUUCGAUCGUUCCCCAAAGGGUACGAUACCUAUGUGGGCGAGUUGGGAAGCUCGCUGUCCGGAGGACAGAAGCAGCGUAUUGCCAUCGCCCGCGCGCUGAUUCGAAACCCGCGAAUUCUGGUGCUGGACGAAGCGACGAGCGCGCUGGAUUCGCAGAGCGAGAAAAUCGUGCAGAACGCGAUGGAAACGAUCCGAAGAAAGAACGAAGCGAAGGGAAAGGGACUGAGCAUCGUGAUCGUGGCACAUUGGCUGAGCAGCAUUCGAUCGUGCGAUCGCAUUGUGGUGGUGGAGGAAGGAAAGAUCGUGGAGGAAGGCGAUCAUGAAAGCUUGCUAGCGAAGGGCGGAAUCUAUGCGGGAUUGUACAAAAGCCAAGAAACUUUAGAAAAGGAGGAGAAAGGAGGAGAAGGAGAAGGAGCCGAGCAAGCGGAAGAAGAAAAACAGAGGGAAAACGAAGUCGUGAAACGAAAUGAAAAUGAUAUCAAAAUCGAAACAAAGCGAAGUACCUCCAUUCAAUCGAGUCGCCACUCCAGUAUGAACCAUGCGAGUCUCCAACUCGUUCAAGAAUCCAAGGAAGAAAUCCCUGAUGAAGAGGAAGAUGCUAGGAAAAAGAAAGUCAGCAUGUUCAGUCUUCUUCAUUUCGUACCACAUCAUAAAUGGUUGUUUUGGACGGGUCUUUUGGGAAAACAAAUGAUUGCGAACAUCCGUGGAGAAACGUACAAGAAGUAUAUUUUCAUGCCCAUGGAGUUUUUCGACGAUCCCAAGCACAUGCCCUCCAUUCUCACGUCGCGACUGAGCAUCGAUGGCCGACGUGUUCGAGACUUUGUGGAUCGCAUGUACUUCAUCUUUGAGAACUACCUGCUCAUCAUCAUCUCGCUCGUGACCUGUUUCACCCCCGCUGGAAACUGGAAACUGACGCUGGUUGCCGUCUGCAUGUCUCCUUUUCUGCUCGUCGUGGAGUACAUGCAGUGGAUGAUCAUGGCGAAAGUGUCCGAUCAGAUCGACAGAGAGCUGACUGAGCGAUCGGGCGACUUGACGGAUUGCAUUCUGAACAUCCACACCGUGCACGCUUACAAUCUCCAAAACACGCUGAGUAACCAUAUCAUGAAGAAACUCGAGUCCACCAACAAGAAGACAACGCAACGAUUCAUGCGCGGAGCCAUCGGCCAAGGCCUUUCUCUCUUCAUGCCUUGUGUUUACGAUGCCGUCGUGCUCUUAGUUGCGUUCUCCAUGUUCCAGAAGGGCGAAAUUGACUUUGUUCGCAUGAUGUUCGUUUACAUGACUGUCAAUACCGGUGCAUACACUUUAGGAAUCAACAUGGCGUACACUGCGUCGAAUGAACUCGCCCAGCGCUCGGCGAACAAUCUCCUCUCUGUAAUUAACAUGGAGAACGAAAACGACGAAGCGCGUGCGCUUGCCGAGAAGGGAAAGGACGGAGCGAUCACGUUCAAUAAUGUGUCGUUCACGUAUCCUUCUCGACCCACUUAUAAAAUUUUAUCGAACAUCUCAUUCACAAUUCCCAAGGGAUCUUCCGUGGCUUUCGUGGGUCCCAGUGGGUGUGGAAAGAGUACGAUCAUUUCGCUGAUCCAGCGAAUUUACAAACCGGAGAGUGGCGAAGUGUUGAUGGACGGAGCCAAUGUGCAGAAUGUCAAUUUGGACUCGUAUCGCUCGCUGCUGGGCGCGGUGAACCAAGAGCCCUGCAUGUUCAGCGGCACGAUUCGCGAGAAUUUGGUGAUGGGAGUGGAUCAUAAAGUGUCCGAAGCGGAGCUGAUGGACGCUUGCACGCAAGCUUUGUGCAUGGAUUUCAUCAAUGAAAUGGUGGAUGGAUUCGAAACGGAUCUCGGAUCGACCGGAAAGUCGGUUUCGGGAGGACAGAAGCAGCGAUUGGCGUUGGCUCGCGCGAUUCUUCGAAAGCCGCACGUGCUGCUGCUGGACGAAGCGACGAGCGCGCUGGACAGCGAAAACCAGGACAAGUUCUUGGAGGCAUUGGAGAAGUGGCGAUCGACGCAUCCCUGCACGGUCGUUACUGUAGCGCAUCGACUGAGCACGAUCGUGGACAGCGACAUCAUCUUUGUGGUGAGCGAAGGAAAGAUCGUGGACAGUGGAAAGCACGCAGAACUGCUGAAGAAGUGUGAGUUCUACGCAGCACUGGUCAAGGGACAGAUGGGUGAACAGUAA